GGUGAUCCGGACAAAAUGCUCAACCUCUAACUCCUCCCAAUUUGCAUGGCCUUGUCAACAAAUUCUUUCUUUAAGAAGCAAAGCUGAUGGUUCAAUCACAAUCAAACUGUCCCAGGAAAAAUUCAGGUUAAGAAUCAAUAUGGCUGAUGAUGCACAGGCUCAGGCUGAUCGCGAGCGAAUUUUCAAGCGUUUCGACUUGAAUGGCGACGGCCGAAUCUCAGCAACGGAGUUGGGGGAUUGCUUGAAGACACUGGGGUCAGUCUCCGCCGAUGAAGUUAAAUACAUGAUGGAUGAAAUUGACACUGAUGGUGAUGGAUACAUUUCCUACGAGGAAUUCACAGUUUUUGCUCUUGCCAACCGUGGCCUAAUAAAGGAUGUUGCCAAAAUAUUUUAAAAUUUUCUCUCUCUAUUCAUUCAUUCGAAUGACUGCCAAGUUUUUUGUUUGAUUUAAUAGAAUCAUUCAUUUAUUUUUUU